CUACCCAAAUUUACUGGCGAUCCUAAUCAGAAAGUUACUCAGUUUAUUAAUGCUGUUGAACACAUCGGUAGCUUCGCUGGAUUGAAUGAAUUGAUGCUACAUUCUAUCGCUACUAUUAAAUUAGGAGGAUCUGCCUUUAAUUGGUAUGAUAACAAUAAAGACCAUCUACAAACAUGGCGAGAUCUAAAACAACAUCUUCUUUAACGCUUUAAACCAUUUCUUUCUGCUAUCAAAACGCGACUGAAGGAAAGAAAACAACAACCUGGUGAACUACUUAACGCCUACUAUGAUGAUAUUAUUGAUUUAUGUAAACAAGUUGAUCAAAAUAUGCCGCUACAUAUGAUCGUUGAUUAUUUACAAGAUGGUAUGCGCAAUGAUUUAAAAAUACACGUCAAACGUCGCCUCAAAACGCUCGAUGAUGAACCAACACCAGAUACUACAGGUCAAACUACCACCACUUCACUCAUUCAAUCGAACAAUACAUCAUGUUGUACAGUCCGAUUACUCGAUCAAAUUACUAUUCCACAAUACUCCGAAUCUGUUAUCAAAGCCGCAGUACAUCUUCCAAAUAGUUCAAAUUUGUUGUUUGAACCGUCUUCAAGUUUUAGUCAAAAAGCAGUAGUACUUCCAACAGCUUUAAUCAAAGUGACUAAUUCUCAAACACACUUAACUAUUAUCAAUACCACCAAUCAUCCAUAUAUUUUACCUUCAAAUACGUGUCUCGGUACUGUUUCUUCAUCAUUACUAAUAUGUGCAACAACAUCACCAUAUCAAUCUCAGUCAACACAAUUUCGAUCAGCAAAAAUACGUCAUUAUUCUCUGAAUUCAUCACAUAAAUGCUACGUCUGUCAUCAGAAAUUUUUAUCACAAAACAAACUUUUUCAUCAUCUUCGUGUACAAUGCUAUCCACAAGAAUUACGACAUCAAAUUGAAACAUUAACACAACACAUCGACUCCGCCUCGCAUCGCAAAAAAAUCCAAGAUGUCCUUUGGAAAUACGGUAAACUGUUCGAUCUACGUCAACCAUCAAAAAUCAAUAUCACUCUCGAUCAUGUGAUCGAUACCGGUCAACAUCGACCAAUAUACACUCCACCUUAUCGACGUUCACCUCAAGAUCAUCAAACUAUUACCGAAGAAACAGACAAACUGUUAAAACAAGAUAGUAUCGAACCAUCAACAUCACCUUGGUGCUCACCUGUCGUAUUAGUGUGUAAGAAAGAUGGUACUACACGAUUUUGCGUUGAUUAUCGAAAACUUAAUGAUAUUACUGUCAAAGAUUCAUUCCCGUUACCUCGCAUCGAAGAUAUUUUCGAUCAACUGUCUCAAUCAACAUAUUUCACCACACUAGACUUUAAAAACGGUUAUUUUCAAAUUCCAUUAGCAAUUCAUGAUCGUCCUAAAACGGCAUUUUCCACUCGCGAUAAUCAUUAUCAAUUCAAAGUCCUCCCUCAAGGUGUAAAAAAUGGUCCACCUACGUUCCAACGCAUAGUAAACCAAAUUUUAGGUCCUGCUCGAUGGAAACAUUGUCUAGCGUAUCUAGAUGAUGUCGUCAUUUUUUCGAGAACUUUUGACGAUCAUGUUUCUCAUUUGGAUGAAAUCUUUUAUUUACUUCACACACACAAUUUUCGUCUAAGUUUCGAGAAAUGUACCAUCGCUACUGAUAGCAUCAAUUAUUUGGGUCACCACAUUUGUCGUGGAGAAAUUCGUCCAAAUAAUGAUAAUAUACGCGGUUUGUUGGAAACUCCAACGCCAACAACACCGAAAGAGAUUUUUCGUUUUUUAAAAGGAGCCGAAUACUACCGUAAAUUCAUUUCCAACUUUUCCCGUAUUGCUAGUCCUUUAUAUAAAUAUAAUCCUUCCAACUCUACACAUCCAUCUAAUACUAAACCUACAAUUUUUACAUUAUCGGCUGACGAACAAGCUGCUUUCGAACAAAUCAAACACAUACUCACUACCGACCUUGUUCUUCGACUUCCCAAUAAUCAACUUCCUUUUAAAAUACAAACAGAUGCUUCACAACUUGGUAUCGGUGCUGUUUUAUUACAAACCUAUCCUGAAGGUGAUCGUCCUAUAUGUUAUAUGUCUAAGAAGCUUACACCUGCUCAACAACGCUGGUCUCCUAUUGAACAGGAGUGUUAUGCGAUCGUCAAAGCUGUUGAAUUAUGGCAUCACUAUUUACACGGCAAUCAUUUCAUCUUAGAAUCUGAUCAUAAACCAUUAGAAGCACUCAUGCGUAAAUCUCAAACGAACGACAAAUGUGAACGAUGGCGUUUGCGGCUACAAUCAUACAACUUCACAAUAAAACACAUCAAGAGUAAAUCAAACACCAUGCCUGAUUAUCUAUCUCGAUCACCAGUGGAUCACGCUGAAGAUGACAUUGACGAUAACGUUAUGCCAACUUCUGCCUCUAUCAGUACUCAAACUGAUACAAGUGACCACGACACUUUUUCAACAUCAUCAAUUGUCGGUAUGGUCACUACUCGUUCUCGUUCUCGUCAAUUACCACAAUCCGAUAAUCAUAUUACCACUCCACCAAACACCAAUCGCUCUGACGUUCAAAAUCAUCAAUCCACAUCAUCAACUUCUAAAACUACUACUGAUAGUGCACGUAUUGAAUAUACUGGUGCUACUGAUCAAUUGAAACAAGCACAACAGAAGGACCCUGAUCUACAAUACAUAGCGAAUCAUCUUAAUGAUAAUAAGUAUAUUAACUCUUAUCUUUUACAGGAUGGUCUCUUAAUGCAUUAUGAACAACACUCAAAACCUGUUCCAUGUGUUCAGAAAGGAGAAAUUCGAAAUGAUAUUAUGAAAAUCUAUCAUGAUACUCAAGCUGACGGCGUACAUUUCGGUCGUGACAAAACUAUAAAGAAAAUCAAAGCUCGAUACUAUUGGAAUACCAUGAACAGCGAUAUAACUAAUUAUGUUAAGUCAUGUAUUCGUUGUAAUCAAAAUAACCCUAUUCGCUGUAAACCUCCUGGUCAUCUGAAACCGAUCGAACCACUGAAAGGAGUUUGGCACUUAUUAUCAAUGGGUUUUCAUGGACCAAUUACUCCUACUAGUCGACGUGGCAACAAAUACAUUAUUUCAAUCACUGACGUUCUAUCCAAAUUCGUUAUUGCAAAAGCAGUUCGUGAUUGUACUGCUGAUACUGCUCCUCGAUUUCUUCAAGAAGAGGUUAUCUGUAAAUAUGGCACACCGAAAUGUGUUCUUACAGAUAAUGGUACUCAUUUUACAUCAACUAUGAUGGAACAUCUACUCAAACGUCUCGGUAUCACUCAUUUGUACGCAACACCCUAUCAUCCUCAAACUAAUGGUCAAAUUGAGCGUUUCAAUAGCACGAUGGAUGCAAAAAUUGCUGCCUUAUCUAAUCAAUAUCGAUCUGAUUGGGAUGAUAACCUUCCAUUUGUCAUCUUUAAUUAUAACACAAGUUAUCAUUCCACUACUAAAACUAUUCCAUUCGAACUUAUGUAUGGACGUUCACCUGUCCUACCAUUUGAUCUACAAAACCCAAACGUUUCCCUCCAACAGUCAUCUCACUAUGCUCACGAGGGAAGGUCACCAACUGUUCAAUCGCUUUUGAGUCAGAACUAUGUGCAUCAUGUAGGUCCUAAUGAGCUAUGA